AUGACACCUAAAAUGACGCCAUCGAGCGCUUCGUCUUUGCGGAAGGCGCUGGUGACGCGUUGGGGCGUUCUCACGGACACAAGUUGUCUUCUUUUCGACAAUACGACUGCCGAGCUACUGGCUGGAUUGGACCUGGCCAAGUUGAAAAUUGUCAAGUCCAGUAUGCAGCCCAAUAAAGACUCGAGACUACCAUUUCCCUUGAAGAUGUACGCCAAGGGCAGUAUGUACGUGCUGUAUGUAUCGAGUUACGCACAGCAGCAGUUGUGGGAAUACAAGAUCAACCUGCGUCGACGUGCUUCACUGAUUCCUUAA